CAGGGUCUGGGGAGAGCAGAUAUAGUGAAUGCAGGGUUCGGGGAGACCGGAUAUAGUGAAUGCAGGGUCCGGGGAGAGCGGAUAUAGUGAAUGCAGGGUCCGGGGAGACUGGAUAUAGUGAAUGCUUGGUCUGGGGAAAGCGGAUAUAGUGAAUGCAGGGUCUGGGGAGACCAGAUAUAAUGAAUGCAGGAGUCCGGGGAGAGCAGAUAUAGUGAAUGCAGGGUCCAGGGAGAGCGGAUAUAGUGAAUGCAGGGUCCGGGGAGAGCGGAUAUAGUGAAUGCAGGGUCAGGGGAGAGUGGAUAUAGUGAAUGCAGGGUCCGGGGAGAGCGGAUAUAGUGAAUGCAGGGUCCGGGGAGA